AUGGUUCCCAUAAAGAAAAGUGGCAUGAGACUUCAUCCCUACAAAAAAGUAAUAACAAGAGUUAUAAGUCUCCCUCUCACCAACAAGGAAAUAGUAGGUUCUAUGCACAAAGCCUUAUUAGUUCCCCAAAACAACAGCAAACCAGAACAUUCCAAGUGUCUCAAGCCAAUAUAUCCAAUUCAACUACACAAGCUUAAUGAAAACUUAGAUGAAGUUAAAAGUGAACUUAAAAAACAAAAAAAUGAGCAAGAUAAUGAGCUCUUGGCUCAAUCAAUGGACAUAAAAUCUGCAGAAAUUAUUGGCGCUGAAAAAACUGCAAUUUUUAAUGAAAAUGAAAAUACGGUGACUAAAAUCACAAGUGAAAUCCAAGAGCAAACAACCACACAAAAUAGAUUGAAUUCAAGAGAAGUUAAUGAUAAACUCUUUAGUGUUUAA